GCGUAAUAUUCAACUGGAGAUACCUUACUUUUUUAUCGUUCCGGCUGCUGUAUUAUCCGAUUCUUGUGUGUUGGUUGGUAUAUCGGAAGCUUUAGUGCAAGAUGUUCGAAGAAAAACUUAUAGCAGAGAUUGAAAAACACAACUGCUUGUGGGACAAACGACAGCUUAGUUACCGCGAUCGGGUGAAGAAAGAUUUGGCUUGGCGAAAUGUAGCUGCUGCUGUGGGACAUCCUGAGGAAAACUGCCGAAAGCGAUGGAAAUCGUUAAGAGACCGAUAUGGAAUAGAAUUGAAGGUUGAUCAACAACCUAGCGGAAGUGCUGCGUCGUUUAGACGAGCUUGGCCAUAUUACGAAGCUAUGUUGUUUUUGAAAGACACGGUCACGCCCAGACAGACAACAACAAACAUCGUCUCCCAAACGCCAGAAGUUCUCGGACAAGAACCAGAUAUACUGGAUACUUCCUUUGGAUUCCAAAUAGGCGAGAGUGGGAACAUUAUAAUAGAAGAGCAAGAAACCACUGCCCCAACGCCGGCUAAGAGACAAAAGAAAAAAAAACGAUGAGAACGCCGCCUUUAACGAUCUAGUCAACGAAAUGUGUCUUCAGAGCAUCCCUUAAAUCAUAAUUAUUUGAACUGCCUCGGUUCGAUGACACCCUACUUAUUGAGGGCAAUGGAACUACUU